AUGUUUGCUGUGAAGUGUCGCUAUCUCAGACACGUCGAGAGUCUUUACAAACCUUUCGAGGUUUCCAGCACAUGUGAUGCUGUCGACAUCGACAUCAUUGCUACGACCACGAUGGAAGGGAACGGUUUUAUGUUAGAACUUAUAUCAGCCAAUUUCUUUCCAAAGCAAAGCGAAUUCUGUUGCACCUCCAUAAUAUUGAAUUUGAGUAUUCCUGAGCUGCUCUCAAUACAGCGUUGCUGGGCUGCACUGGAUGAGCUUGAACACACUCCAAAAGAUGCUCCCCUCAAGUUUCUCUCGUCCUUAGCAUUUUCUAUUCCAAUUAGUGCCCGACUGGAUCACCUAAAUGAAUCUUCAUCUGUUGCAAUUCAGGUGUGGUUCCCUGAUGGUAGAGUGUUGACCUUUGAUCCUCAGCCUUCCGAUAUCCGCCCACUCACUCCUGGUACUCAUAAACUCAAUCACAAACUAAUCAUAUCACAUGGGAAGUGGACCGAUGCUCUAAUGAUAGAACUAAGUAUCAUUCGUCAUCAUUCAUUGGACAUUCCCUCAGAGUCUCAAUACAUGUCACUAAUAACCAAACUAAUAAAGAGAGGAGAGGGUCAGACCUCAUCCUCCAGUCACAUGAUCACUUCAGACUCCAUUCAAUCCUCUUCCCCUCAUAUGGUUGGGUCUGUUCUUAUCAGUGACAUCAUCAAGUUGAGGAUAUUACCACAAGAUACUCUUGCAAGAGGUUAUAAUGUGUUUGGACCAACUUAGAGUAGAGAGACUGAGGAGGGAAGUAUUUUUAUAGUUCAUGACCUUGUCAUUUUUAGUAUAAAGUUCAUAAUUAAGAUCAGGAUUUAAUUACUUUUUAUAAUGUAUUCUUUCCCAUUA